AUGUCUCCCUCCACUUCCCUGGCCUCUUUCCCAGAAGAGCUCCUCGAGCGCAUCCUCGCCCUCUGUGUCUCCCCACCAGACACCCUCCCAACUCGCCCAGACUGGCACCUCUCCCGCUCCUCCCCAUCCACUCCUCAGAACGAACAAACCCCCUCUCUCCCUCCCCGCUCCCGCAUCACCCCUCUCCUCGUGUCCAAGUCCUGGCUUCGCAUUGCCACGCCUCUUUUCUACCAUACCGUCCUCCUCCGCACCCCAGAGCAAGCAAGCGCUCUCCUCAUUACUCUCCAAGGUGCUCCGGAUCUCGCACGUGCCAUUCGUACCAUCGUCGUAUCUGGCUGUUGGCCCUGCCUUCGCGAGCUGCUCGCAGCAUGCCCUUUGCUAGAAUCCUUCGACUUCACCCUUGAUGCAGGCCUGAUGCCAAGUCCCAACAACAACACUGCCAACAACAACACUGCCAACGGUGGUGUUCCAUCACCUGCUGUAGGCGCUGGUGCCAUCACGGAUGCAGUGGAUGUCGACGCCCAAGCGUUCUGUGACGUUCUCGAGCAGAUCGACCUGAAACAUGUCACUGUCCGUAAGCCGACUUCCGUCUACCUCACCCACCCCAAGCCGCGCUACAUCCUCUCCCGGCUUUCGGCCGCCGUCUCCAAAUGGUCUCAUCUGGAGACUGCUCAUAUGGCAUUCCGACUCACAGACGAUGCUUCAGGCACGUGUGGCGCACUUGCCACUGCCUUCGCCCACGCUCCCCGCUUACACACCCUCCGUGCUCAACUCCCUACGGUAUGGAACACCUCCCUGCUUACCGUCAGCGCGAACCCCGCGCUCGAGCGCAUACAGCUUUGCACCGGUACUCCCGGUGAAGUCGUCGUCGGUACGGGUAUGUUCUUCAUGGAGGCACGCAAGCACAAACACCUAAGUGACCUCAUUCGCGCUGGAACCCCUAUGAUUCGUACACGUGCGCACACAAUGGGCACGUUGGCUACCAACUAUGGUGUUACGUCUACGCCUUUGAGCUUGAGCAGAGCGAAGAAUAUCGCAGCCAACCUUCAGCUCCCUUCGCCUUCACUUGCUUCGCGCACCAGCUCCCGCCAACAGGGACUCUAAAAUUUCCCUUUUCUCGCGGUUUCAUGCGUAUAUAGCUAGGCGCAGAAACGCAUAUACCCUUGAACAUUACGUUGCAUAUAUGCGUCUACGUAUGCAAUGAUCCCCCACCAUCGCACCCGUCACACACGACUCCACUUACAACGACUUGGGUGCGACAGAAGCACAUAUACUCCCCAGUAUCAUAUGUGCGAAAUCCCUCUUACGAUAAUACGUGAUUUCUCUUUUUGUACAACACCUCUGCGUUCACUGUGCCGCCUCGAUAACGAUGAGGAUGGAUAUAGUGGACGUGGUUAAUACCCUGCUCGUCAUACCCCUGUUACUGCGCUGCAUAGCGUGGUGCACUCGCUUUCCUUUUCCUUUUGAAAUUUUUUUUUUUUGUGUCUGUUUCGACGCCGCCCCACCCACUCCCCUGUGUUUCCCCUCGUUCAUCGGUUUAUGUGUCGGACGCUUUUCUCCUCCUUUGCAAUCGCCAUCGUUUUGCCUGCUGCACUCAUUACCGCCUCAUCCGUUAUCGCGCAUAUACUGCUUUCCUUUCCAUUUUUCUUGCACACGGGAUCCUUCCUCAGCUUUUUUUUAAUUUUUUUUAUUGAUUGGACAUUGGGAAUAUACGCCAAAAAGAGAUUGGAUUAUAUAGUAGAUUAUCAAUACCAAUAGCGUAAUAUACAGCAUCGGCAUAGAAAAGCAAUUUUACAUAUUUCCUCUGUUCAAGGUGGUUUGCUACCCUAAGUAAGAACUUGGAGCUUUUGAGAUUUGCAGGAUAGGCCACAGCGAUGCGAUGAAGGGAAAACGGAUCAGAUUCUUGCAUAAAUUGGCAGUGUUCUUCGUUUGCUUUUUGGCAGUGUCUCGCGGACGGGGAAACUUUCUUGAUGAUGAACGGUGCUUCAGUCCACACCCUCGGGAGGUGAUAUCUAAGGGCUCUGCCCCGUUAACUCUAAUAUUUGCUGAUAAGCGAAUGUGCUGAGGCUCUGGAGAGGGGGGUUAAACACCACUCGUCAUCAUGGGCAAUGCUUGUCUGAUCGUUUGUACACUACAAAGAAAGGAGGCCGGGUCAAGUGAGUUGAACCUCUGGACAGGG